UAUUUAAAUUAGAACUUUAUUAUUUAUGAUAUUGUUUGUAUCAAUUAUUUUUAUUUUCAUAGAUGACAUUCUAUGCACGUAUUAUGCAUCACUCGGACCCACUGAUACACAGUCAGCACCAUCUCCCUCUACAGCCUCGAUGAUAUCAAAAUCUAAUGCCAUGAAGAAUCAUCCACUUGCAUUAAAAAGGCUAGAUGACCUGAAGCCUAUGAUGCAAGUUGGAAAAGAUGUUGCAAUCGCCGAGAAGAAUAGACAAGUGGAGAGAGGUGUGAAGCGUGAUCCUAAUGGUCAGGGUGGACGGGGUGCAAGCAAGCCUAAUUCAAAACAAGCACCAAAAGGCUUUCGAACUAUUCUUUAGUGGGACGAUAAUUUGAUGAUCGGACAAUGGGUCUUCUAAAAAGUUUAUUUCUCUCCCUAAUGACACUUAAGGGAUGUUUUAUUACUGAAGGGAGGAUAGAGCAAAAUGGGAAAAGACUAACAUUUAAGUGUUUUUUACUAGUGUCUAUUAUUAAUU